AUGGCGGUUCGUUGUCCCAAGCCUAGACGUCACAAAGUAUCUACUCUGGAAGCAGCAUCUGCCAUGCAGGAAGAACUGCCCCCAAAUACUAUAGUCUAUGAACCUUGGAUGAACAAAGCAUGGCAACAUCCCCGCAAGACUCGCAAGUUAGACCUCUAUCUUCCUGGCCCACCCCCUGUCUUGAUUAUGCCCGGACGUCAGCAUCUCACUCAGCAAAGUUUAUCUCUUCCAUCCGCACCUAGGACGGUUACCCCCCAAGAUCAUGACGGACCCACAAAUCCUUUUAGCAACUCCCUCCAUUUCUUUAAUGAUCCCAGUGUCUGUCAUCUCACCAGCUCACAGAAAAAGACCAACCAGUGGCGCAGAUGGUCAGAAGAAGUUAUUCCAUCGCUUAUACCACAUGGAGAUACUGUAGCUUGUCAUGCUGGGUGUGAAACACGCAGUAUCAAGGUUGCAUAUGUGUUCUUUGACAGCUUGUCAGAAAUUAAUAUCAUUGUGUGCCCCUGUUUUCCUGCCCCUCUCCAGCUCCUUCGUCGUGGGCUGUUCCCAUGUGCUCCUGUUGCUCCCUCACUCGCAGUAGACUUACAUGUUCUAGAGUUUGUCCACCUUCUUUUCAUUCGUCAGUCCCCCAACCAUACUGUGUGGUGCGAUGCAGUGGAGACGUAUCUAGAUGGAAUGGGAUACAAGUUGACAUUGAUGCAUAGCCUGCACCAUCGCUUCGCCAAUGCAUUUCACUGGUACCGGGUGUUGACCAUUUUAGCUCGUGAUCACAUUUCCAAUCUUAUUGCCAACACCUGGAAGGACAAGAUCUGUUUGCAACCAAUGGCAGUCGGACAACCUACUGAAUACCUUUGUUCACGCUACCCACUUUGCUUUGGGGCAAAUGAUUGGCAAAAGGUGAAAGAUUGGCAAAAGGCGAAAGAUUCUUGUUUCAUGCCAGAUAUUAUCAUUUGCAUAGAUGCAUGCUUUACUCAAAAGUGCUCCACCAACCCUUGUGGUGCCGAUGGUCAUGACACUCCCAACCUGACAUUAUCCUUUUUUCUACCAAAGGACAACGUGCAAGCGAUGGAUGAGUUCAUGCAGCACUGUCGAGGAGAAAGACGUCGGGAGAGGGCCUCAAGGACGGAGCCAGAAGAGGAUUGCUAUGAAAAGGGGAUGAGUGUGCCAGUAUCAGUCCUGGAUGGAUGCCGAGAAUCUUUCAUGGCUGCAGACAAGAAACGGGAGAAGGCAAGCUCUCGUUUUUUUACUGAUACAGGCCUUAUGGCACUGCUUUGUAGACAUGACCAUGUUCUCUGGAUUGUGAACCUUACAUUGGCAGGGGAGAAACAACAUUACUCACUCACUCUAUUGGACCGUCUGUUCAAGCAUCUACCCCCUCAAAUGACCAUUGGACUUCUGUAUGACAUUGGGUGCCAACUUGAACGGAGCUGUCACAAAUGGAAUCUUCUGGAUGAAUCUAUUUUAUUUGGCCUUGUCAAAUUAUCUACCAUCCCAGGAAAUGCGAAGCAACUCAUCCCCCCCCUACACGUUUCUGGAUUCAAUCAGCAUCUUUUCGUGCUUGAUACUCAAAUUCACCACCUUGAUAUGAGAUUGCUGCAAGGAUUUGGCCAUUGGCUUCAUUGGCGUUGGAUACACUGCCAGACAAAGAAGAAUGCGGCUCUGGAAAAUUUACAAGACUUGGACCUUGACGAGGAUAUGCUUCAUGCGGAGUGGAAGGCUCAGAUUGUGCACCAGACAAGACCCGCUCCAUCGCCACCUUUUGCUAUCCCCCCUCACUCCAUUCCGCAUGAUGGCAUCUUCCAACUUGAUGUCGAUGACAAUAUCUGGCAAGACAUUGGACUUGAAAACAUCACUAUCAACCCUCUAGCGUGGUUAUCAGAUGAGGCCGUCAGAAACGGUAUCCGGUUGCAACUUGCAGUGGAUCGUUGCUUCAAGGAGGAGGCUCGACUGAUGCACAAGCGGUCUGUUAUGCAGGAGUGGAUGUUGAUGGAGUGGGAGGGUAUACAGGAUGCCUUGUCAAAUGCAGUGGAGGAUGUUGUUUUGGCUUUCCACCUCACAUCACAUGCAGAUGAGCUUGCUAACAUCUGUGUUGCUUGGAGAAGAAAAGUUCAGUGUAUUCCAUGCGCCUGGUCAGUUGUGGAUAGCUGGGGACCUUCAGAUGAAGUCUUGCUUCGGGCCACACAUGAACAGGUGCAGCCAUCUUUUCAGGAUGAGGAUGACCAGAGUGUAGGACCUGUGGACGAGGAUGAUGAGGGUGAUUUGGAUUGUGGUGAGAUUGGAGAUGAUGAACUGAUGGAUGUAAUUGAAGUCAUUGCAUUGGUGGAUGAGUAUAGGGGUAAAGCGGAGUCUGAGGGGCUUGGCUUUAGCUCGUAUGCUGCGCCCCUUACCUGA